AAAUCUGAGACAUGUGCUUUACUCGUGAGUUUAUCCUGAUUCCAGAUCGCUCAGUCCAUGUGAGAGAAUCGGCUGGUUCAAAUGGAGAUAUCUUGCGAGCCGUGCUUACUGCUGGAUUUCUAGAGGACAGACUGAAAGAAUGAUCUCAUUUCACAGUGCCGAUCUCACACUGGUGCUUCACGUUUAUUAUUAAGAAGGACUCUACCGGCUGGACCCAAAAUUUAAAGCAAUGGAUCCAGUAACGAGGUGGACACCAAAACAGGUUGUUGACUGGAUGAGAGGUCUGGAUGACAGUCUUCAGCAGUAUGUGCACAACUUUGAGAGAGAGAAGAUUAAUGGAGAACAGCUUCUGAAGAUCUCCCAUCAGGACCUUGAGGAACUGGCUGUUACCCGCAUCGGCCAUCAGGAACUGGUUUUAGAGGCCGUAGAUCUCCUCUGUGCUCUGAACUAUGGUGUGGAAACGGAUAACUUGAAGAAUCUGGUGCUGAAGAUGAGAGCUGUGACCAACAGCCUUCACAAUGCAACAUCAGAACGCAGGAAGAGUCCUACGUGUGAAAGCAACACAUCUAGCAAGCUGCCGAAUGAAUUCCUCUCCUCUGUGGUUGAACUUAUUGGAGCAGCCAAAAGCCUCUUGGCUUGGCUGGACAGAACUCCAUUGACGGGAAUCAGUGAUUUCACCAGCACCAAGAACAAGAUCAUUCAGUUGUGUCUGGAGCUGACCACCACAGUUCAACAGGACUGCACUGUGUAUGACACGGAAGAGAAGGUUUUGGAUGUUUCAAAGGUGUUGAACAGUAUUUGUGACCAGACUGUGAGAACCACGUCUGAUCCUCUCAUGAGCCAAUCAGCGUGUCUGGAGGAAGUUCAACUCACCAACAUCAAACCAGGAGAGGGAUUGGGGAUGUACAUCAAAUCCACCUACGAUGGGCUUCACGUCAUCACUGGCACCACUGAACAUUCUCCAGCAGAUCUGACACACAAGAUCCACGCCGGAGACGAGGUCAUCCAGGUCAACCAGCAGACAGUGGUGGGUUGGCAGCUGAAGAACCUGGUGGCCAAGCUGAGAGAGGACCCUAAACGUGUUGUACUUAUUUUAAAGAAAAGACCCACAGGAACCUCAGGAUUUACCCCAGCACCUCUCAAAAACAUGCGCUGGAAACCACCCGUGCCUCAGAGCUCCACAUCUCCCAGUAAGAGUCAGUCACCAGAAUCUGCCAAACUCUGCAGUAGAAAGGACAAGCCUGCCAUACUGGACCUGUACAUCCCUCCACCUCCCUCAGUGCCGUACACUCCACGGGAAGUACGGAAUGGCUCAUACAGCAGUGUCAGUGCCAGACCUAAAGGCUCCGAGUCCCCAAACUCCUUCCUGGACCUGGAGAGCCACCGGCGCUUCACAAUUGCAGACUAUGACAAAAUGUCUGUUCACCCGGUCGAGGUCAACGUGCAGAUGCGUCCAAGAGGAAGAUCCUCAUCACAUGGUAAACAGCGACCUCUGUCUAUGCCAGUGGAUACAUCUUUGAGCGUGGCAGACCUGUAUGCGAAGCCCUGGACUCAAGGACGGAAAGGUGAAGAUCUCCCGUACAGAUACCUCAGCAACGAGCGAAUACCAACGAUCGCCGAGGAGGCCUCGGACCCGUCGUACAAGUUCACAGGCGAAAGACCCGCUUACGGGACGGACUACUUGCGGAACAGCCGAUUCAUCGGCAGUGCGGAUCUACACAACAGCGCCACCAUUCCUUAUCAGGAGGACUUAGUCAAACAGACCCCCAUGACGUCCUCCCCCAAACGGCCUCCCGCGGAGCCCUCGCUACUGGAUCCUGACUGGGUCUCCAACAACGCAUUCAUCAACAGCAGGUACAGCAACACUGCCAUGCGAUCCUGGUCGUUCUCUCAAGCGGCCUCUUUCCCCAUUUCUCUGGCUCCCCAAAUUGCUGCUGAUGAGUACAAUCCGGUGUCUCUCAGACAGAAGUCAAAAAAGAAGAAUUGUGGAGGCAGUCUAAGAAUGAGCAGAAGGAGAGUUUCAGUAAAAGAUCUGGAGCCAGUGGACCAUCAGGGCUGGCUCUAUAGGAAAAAAGAGGGGAAGGGAUUUCUGGGAAUUAAGUGGAAAAAGUAUUGGUUUAUUCUAAAGAAAACCUCUCUGUACUGGUACACAAAUCAAGUGGCUGAAAAAGCAGAAGGCUUCAUAAAUUUGACUGAUUUUGUAAUUGACAGAGCAAUGGAAUGUAAGAAAAAAUAUGCGAUCAAAGCUUGCCAUCCCAAAGUCAUGAUGUUCUACUUUGCAGCUGACAACAAUGUGGACAUGAAGUUAUGGUUAAAUAAACUUGGUCUGGCAUCUAUUCAGUAUGAACCCACAGAGGGUCAUACAGCUGAAUGCUACAGUGAGGCCAGUGAUCACGAGGAGUCCACAGACACACCUCCUCCACCCUAUACUGAGCACCACACCCAAGCUGUAGAAAUUGUGAAUAGUCCAUCAGCUGCUGCUCACCAGGAAAGCCUUCCUCCGCCAUAUUCCUCCCCUGUUCCUAGUGAAACCACUGGAACCCUACCCUCCCCCGUCAGUACGAUGACCUCCCACAGCUCUGCCUCCUCUCUGGCUAAGCAUAGACGGUCUUGGCUAGACCUUGUCUCACAGGCAACACCUACUGCUGGGGAGACAGUGGUCUGCUCAGCUGUGGUCCAUACAAUGAACCCCACAAUAAAGGAAACCUCACAAUGCAGUGAAAUCACUGCUACGUCUCAAGGCCCCUUUGAAUGCUCAUCAAGAACAACACAUAUGGCAUUAUCCACAGAGCCAGAGGAACCAGACCCGCUGCUAACCUCAAAUGACACCGGACCUGAAACUCUAGAUGGACAGGAAGGAACUGAUGAUGAGAUGGAAAGAUUGUACAUGCAUUUGAAAAGAGCAAGCCUGUCUCCAACGGGCGAGCGAAAACCAUCAUCAAAAUGGGAAUUACGAACCUCCUUUAUAAAGCGUUGCAGAAACCAGAUGCUCAAUGAGAAGAUACAUCUCAUCAGAACCCUCAACAGCACUCUAAAGGCUAAAGAAGCAGAUCUACUGACUUUGGAGCAGGUACUGGCUGACUCUGCUCUCACCGCAAGUAAAUUCAGGGAGUGGAAAGAGACCAACAGUCUUCUGCUGCAGGACAUUAUUUUAAACCACCCGCUACAGACUGAACCCCUGAACACCCCUAGCGCCCCAUCUGUGCCUCCCUCAACAUAACCGUCACUAGCCUAAACACCAGAACACAAACACUGCAAAAAUGUAAUUUUAAUAUCUUGAUGUAAGAAUUAAAACCCUCUAGAGGAAAUUUGA